AUGGCUUCACAAGAGUCGGCGCAUUCCGCCGGAAUUGUAGCGAUAUGUCUAGCGACAGUGUCAAUUGCUUUUACUACUCUGUAUUUACCAUACUUUUUUGGACAAAUUGAAGAGAUUAAGAGGUUCAGCAAGUUGGAACUCCACAAUUUUGAGAUUUCUGAGGUAAUGAGUUGGUAAAAAUAAAAAAAACUUUUGUAAAGGCUGAUUUGCUUAUUGUAAUAGAGGAGAUAGCUUUAUGUUUAGCCAUAUAACAGCAAAAUUAAGUUUUAUUUUUUUUGUAAAAUACGAUAGGGUACAAUUUUACAAAUGAAUUAUAAAAAAAGCUUUAGAAAGCAGUAUGGUUAAGCGCAAAAGAGCUACGUCAAUCCUCACCAGCACUUUUAGCUGUCAGAAGUAAACGAAAGGCUAAAGAUCAAUGUCGUAAGUUCAAAUUUCCUACGAUCAGCUGCAGUUUCAAUGUAAAAUACGCUUUUAACUCCCGUUUUAACUUGUUAAAUAUAACAAAAUGAAAAUGACAUAAAAUAACCUUCAGACUGCAUGACAUCCGACAACAACUGCCCCGCCGGUCCCCCAGGUCCAGAAGGACCCCCAGGCAGCAAUGGUGAGCAUGGAGAAGCAGGUACUCGUGGACCAGUAGGAGAAGUUGCUUUACCAGCAGAACCUCAAACAUACGACACUUCAUGUCGUGUCUGCCCACCUGGACCUCCAGGAGUACCCGGUUAUGGCGGUCCGCCUGGAGAGUCGGGCGAGCAGGGUCCAGCUGGAAAGCCAGGUAUUGAAGGCAUGCCUGGUCGAACUGGUCCACCUGGUCCUAGUGGAGAACAUGGUAAUCUUGGUAAGCCUGGAGUUGAUGGAGAACAUGGUCAGCCUGGUCAGGAUGGUGUUCAUGGUAUGCCUGGACCAAAAGGACCAAAUGGAGAUCGUGGAAUGACCGGACCACCCGGUUAUCCUGGUACUAUUGGUCAUCCUGGCAUGAAUGGCAUGAUUGUAAGCUGGUUUUAGCAUUUUUAUGCUUUUUUGGUUUUUUUAAUACUUAUUGAUACUACUAUAAUAUAACUCAACAUUAAAUUUAAAAAUUUCUAGUUCUCUUAAUCAAAAGUUAUAAUUUACAUUUUUAUAGGGACCUCAAGGCCCGCCAGGAGAAGAAGGCCCAUCAGGAAAAGAAGGUUAUCCAGGAAUGUCAGGCGGUUUUGGUCUAGUUGGAGAGCCAGGUGAAGAUGCUACUUAUUGUAAAUGUCCAGGACGAACAAACGCAAAACCACCACCAAAGCAAGCUGAAGAAGCUCGGUUUCCCUCUCCACCAAAGUUGAACAAGGUGAAGGACUACGAAGGCCCUACUCCACCACCAGAACGACCGGUCAGUGAGCAGAAGAACAAUGCCUACAUCUUCCCCGUUCCGUCGAAGAGAAAUGACGAAAGUGCUGAGGUUGAGACAAAGUAG